AUGGCGCUACUGAGUGCGUCCGUCGGGGGGCUUCGAGAACUCAUAACUCUCUGUGAACAAUUUGCCACUAGUCAUGGCCUAAAAUAUAACGUCAAAAAAAGUGAGAUUAUGGUUUUCAAAGCGGGGUCCAACUGUCCGACUAACAUUCCUCCCGUGUGUCUCAAUGGAGCACCUUUGAAGCGCGUCCGUGAGUUUAAAUCCUUGGGUCACGUACUGACCGACGAUCUGGUUGACGACUCUGACAAUGAAAAGGAACGGAGAGCGUUGUCAGUUCGUGCCAAUAUGAUAGCCCGCAGGUUUGCCAGCUGCUCGUAUAACGUAAAAGUCACACUGUUCCGUGCAUAUUGCACAACUUUCUACACCUGCAGCCUGUGGGUUAAGUAUACACAAAGGGCAUACAACGCUCUCCGUGUUCAAUACAACGACGCCUUUAGGGCGCUGCUGAGGUUACCGCGGUUUUGCAGCGCCUCAGAUAUUUUCGCAGAGGCGCGCCUGGAUUGCUUUUACGCUACCAUGCGCAAGAGGGCUUCGUCAGCAGUCCGCCGCAUGCGGGCCAGCGGUAGCGUCCUACUAGCGGUCGUCGCAGAUCGACUUGACUCCCAAUUUGUGAGGCACUGGUUGUCAUUGCAUUGCAUGUAA